AUGUCAUCUCCCAAAUAUCAGACUCCAGAUCUGGAGGCUGCCCAAGACUUCGACACCCAGAGGAGUCUGUUCUUCGUCAGCAAUGUACACUGUGCAUCAUGUGUCGCCUAUAUCACAGAAAUCCUGUCUGAACUACCAACAGUCAAGGAUAUCGAUGUCACAAUCCUAACCCAAGAAGUGCGGGCCAGUCAUGCCCCCUCAAUACGACCCGCCGAUCUCGUUGAUGCUCUCAUUCAAGCCGCAUUUGAAGUGCGCUAUGCCACAACUUUCAACCAACAAGGAGAUGUCGUGUCAGAACUCGACACAUCCUCAUGGAACCACCGUAGCUCGGCGGUGCUUCCGUCCCCUCGAACAUCUGUCUCCAGCUUCUCUUCAAACAUCAAGGAACGGCUUCAAACUAGCAGACACAAACGACAUAUCGCCAACUGCGAUGCCUGCAAGAAGGAAGAGUUGAUUAACUCCCCUUGGGACUCUCCUCGGGCGGAGCUUGGGUCUGUAGCCGAAAAGCCUCAUUCCAAUGCCCAGGAAGCCAGCAGUGGUCUAGAGAAGGAUCUUGGUAUUUCAAGGCUUGAGCCGAUGCCAGAGAAUGGAGUGCAGACUUCAAGCAGUUCAACCUUGGCAUCAGAGGAUGAAUUCACCGCCCAGGUCAGCAUUGGUGGAAUGAGUUGUGCAUCAUGUGCCAACACUAUCACUGCAGAACUUCAACACCUCGACUUCAUCAAAGACGUCACUGUCAACCUUCUGACAAACAGUGCGACAGCGACGUUCACCGGUCCUCGUGAAAAUGGUGCCAAAAUCGUUGAGCAAAUUGACGACAUUGGAUUCGAGGCAUCGCUUGACGAAGUGAGCGCCAUUGCCACAUCGCCAGUUCCUGCCGCACCUCCCGCUAGAUUUGUCGCCGAGAUUGGAAUCACGGGAAUGACCUGUGGUUCUUGCGUCGGGGGUGUGACUCGAGGUCUUGAAGAGCUUCCGUUCAUUCAAAAUGUGACCGUCAACCUACUUUCCCAUAGUGGGAGAGUAGAGUUCGAAGGUCAAGAGAAUCUCGAUAGCAUCAUUGAAAAGAUCGAAGAUCUGGGAUACGACGCCGCGAUCACUAGUGUCUCACCAGUGAAAAGCACCCCGGAAGUCACCGCAACUCAGGCAAGAACAGUCUCGAUCAGGGUGGAUGGAAUGUUCUGUCACCACUGUCCACAGACUGUUAUCAGGGCCGUGGAAUCAGCUGCAGAUGUCACUGUCGUCGAAGCACUAAAUGAAAAGCACCCUAUCCUCAAACUCACAUAUACCCCUCAGCCACCCUCUCGCACCAUUCGCUCCAUAAUUUCAGCUAUUCACUCGUCGAACGACUCUUUCCGUGCGAGUGUCUAUCAUCCCCCUAGUAUUGAAGAUCGCUCCCGCGCGAUCCAGCAUCAUGAACGGCGCCGCCUGCUGUCCCGCCUGCUAUUCGUCUUCCUGAGUGCAAUCCCAACCUUCAUCAUCGGGAUCGUGUUCAUGUCUCUUGUCUCUUCCGAUAACCCAGGCAGGGUGUACCUAGAGCAACCGAUGUGGUCUGGCAGUGUGACACGCAUUGAGUGGGCACUUUUCAUCAUGUCAACGCCCGUCAUGUUCUAUGGAACAGAUGUGUUCCACACUCGGGCUUUCAAAGAGAUCUACGCGCUAUGGCGACCCGGGAGUCGCGUUCCCAUCCUUCGACGAUUCUAUCGCUUUGGGAGUAUGAACCUUCUCAUCUCGGCGGGCACAUGUGUCGCCUACAUUUCGUCUCUGGCUGUAUUGAUCGUCGACGCGGUUGUGGGCACCAAGUCCAGUUCACAUAGCACGACCUACUUUGACUCUGUUGUUUUCUUAACCCUCUUCAUUCUUGCUGGUCGAUUUUUGGAGGCCUACAGCAAGGCGAAAACUGGUGAUGCUGUCACCUCGUUGGGCAAGCUUCGUCCCUCUGAGGCACUGUUGGCCGAUGACUCCACCGAGGACGGAGUCAGCCGUACGAGUGUUGAUCUUUUGGAGGUUGGUGACGUUGUCAGUAUUCCUCACGGAGCCUCGCCCCCUGCAGAUGGAGUCAUUGUCGACAGUGCCUCGUACCAAUUCGACGAGAGCUCUUUGACUGGAGAGUCACGGCCAGUCAAGAAAUCAACUGAGGACAUGGUCUAUACUGGCUCGGUCAAUGUCGGGCAACCGGUACGCAUUCGAAUCACCGAGCUGGGCGGUUCGUCCAUGCUCGAUCGAAUCAUCGCCGUGGUCCGUGAAGGUCAGAGCAAACGCGCGCCUCUUGAACGAGUGGCCGAUCUCCUCACAUCUCACUUCGUCCCUAUCAUUACGUUGAUUGCUGUAUCGACCUUUGUCAUCUGGCUGGCCCUAGGUAACUCGGGUGUUCUUCCUGAUGACUACCUUGAUGUUGCACAUGGUGGUUGGACCUUCUGGGCUCUGGAAUUUGCAGUCGCCGUGUUCGUGGUUGCCUGUCCAUGUGGACUGGCACUUGCAGCUCCUACCGCCCUAUUCGUUGGAGGAGGCCUAGCAGCCAAGCAUGGAAUUUUGGUCAAAGGCGGCGGCGAGGCUUUCCAAGAGGCCAGUCGCUUGAACGCGAUCGUAUUUGACAAGACCGGGACAUUGACCGAGGGUGGAAGUCUGAAAGUCUCCGACCACGAAGUCUUGACCAAUGAUCCCGAAAUGACCAAGGUUGCAUGGGCUUUGGCUCGGAAAAUGGAGGAGACUAGCAAUCAUCCGAUUGCCCUCGCAAUCACCGAAUCUUGCAAAUCCCAGAUCUCCGCGACUGUCAAAACUUCUGAGGUCCACGAGAUUUCCGGUCAGGGCAUGAGGGGCACAUUCACUGUCUCUGGCCCUGAACAGGAUGAGCAUUAUGAAGCUGCAAUUGGUAAUGAGCGAUUAUUGAAAAACCUCAUUUCCUCGGAAACAGACACAUACUUUGUUUCCAACCUCCUAUCCAAAUACCAGUCGGCUGGCAAGUCCACAGCCAUUUUGUCACUUCGCAAGAUCACUGACUCCGCGCCUACACCUUUCACACCAGCUAUUGUCUUCGCCACUUCCGACACUCUCCGACCAGAGGCCAUUGAUAUCAUUUCCCAGCUCCAAAAGCGAAACGUGGAAGUCUACAUGUGCACAGGCGACAAUCAGAAAACCGCCCAUGCCGUCGCAGAUAUGCUAGGAAUUUCACGUUCCAGAGUGAUGGCCAACGUCCUCCCAGCCGAGAAAGCCACAUUCGUCCGCGAGAUUCAGCAACGGUCAGACAACGUCGAUGCCAACAACACAAAGUCAUGUCCGAUCGUUGCAUUCGUCGGCGAUGGCGUUAACGACUCUCCUGCUUUGGCGGCAGCGGAUGUCAGCAUUGCCAUGGCAUCUGGAUCAGACGUCGCCAUCAACUCUGCCAGUUUCAUCUUACUCAAUUCGGAUUUGAGCACAAUCCUGCAACUGGUUAUGCUUAGUCGGCGGGUGUUUAAUCGUGUUCGUUUGAACUUUGGGUGGGCGGUGAUUUACAACCUGUGUCUUGUUCCUGUUGCCGCGGGUGUUUUCUAUCCUAUCGUUAGUGGGCAUCAUGAAAUGUCCAUGGGUGGUGAGAUGGUCAUGGUUAAUGAGCAUUGGAGACUGAGCCCGGUGUGGGCUGCGUUGGCGAUGGCCUUGAGCAGUAUCUCUGUUGUUUUGAGCAGCUUGGCUCUCCGGGUCGACCGAGAGAGUAUCAAAAGGGUGCUGAGAAGAUAA